AUGACUGGCUCUUUCUCCAAAGUUGUUAUUCCAACCGUCUCUUCUAUUCUUGUUCUGACGGACCUGAUAGGAAACACCCUGGUUAUACUGAUCAUUCUGACAAAUAAAUCCAUGAAAUCGCCAAUCAACUACCUCCUGUUCAACCUUGCUGUAGCAGACAUCAUGGUAGGUGCCUUCGUCAUACCAAAGGCGAUUUUCCAAUACUUACUUCCCCAUCCCGUUGGCAUCGAAGGUAAGAUAAUCUGCAAAGUUUUUAUUUCUGGGAACUUCGCCUGGAUUGGAGGUGCUGCAUCUGUCUUCUCUCUAAUGGCGAUUUGCUUCGAAAGAUUCCUUGCUGUCAUGUAUCCUUAUUCUGUAAGGCUGAAGCUUACAUUUCACAUUGCGAAACGCAUUAUUAUGGCGUCGUGGAUUUUCGCUUCAAUUCUGGUUUCCUCACUUUUCGUAGUAAUGGACUACGACCAAGAAAAGGAAAAAUGUAUUCAAGAGUGGCCAAGACAGCCAUCAUGGCUUUCUAAGGCAUUCAGCCUACUCUGGUUUACAGCAGCAGGAUUUGCGCCUCUUGCCAUCAUGUUCGUUUUGUACAACAGAGUCAUUUACUCUCUUUGGUUCAAGAAAAACCAAGUACAAGGUACACAACUAGCCGUGUUGAAGUCAAGAAAGAGAGUAACCAAGAUGAUGGUCACUGUCAGUGUUGUAUACUUCCUAACUUGGUUUCCUACUCUCACUUUCUAUGUACUUAUCGAGCAUCAUGUGCAUGUCGUAGAUAUUCCUAUGACAGACAUCAUCCAAGUGCUUUCCAUACUGGUUCUGUGCAGCUCGGCCAUAAAUCCAUUUAUCUAUUCACUUCAAAGCGAGAAUUUUCGUCGUGAAUUGAGGAAACUUCUUUGCUGCAGAAAAACUUGCAAGAAUCGACUAAAUCCCUUAGGUGCUUGA